AUGCCGCGACGGACCGGUCUGGAGGGCUUUGCGAGUGUCUCUUCGCGUCGCUGCUUGAACUCUUUGGAAUGUCUUUUGUCACCGUCCACGUUGUUUUCGCCUCGCUCGCCGUUUUGUUUUCAGGACUGCAGGCCGCUGAAACUCGUUUUUUUCUCUCUCCUUAUUCCACUUGUCGUGUUGCUUGUCGUGUGCAGCUUGUGCAUAGCGACCCGAGGGCCCUGUCGUGCUCCAACUCUCUCUCCGCGAGUUCCUUCUCUCCCCCUUCCCCUUCCUGGCGCGCUUGUCGCCGGCCGGACUGCGGAAGGCGCUUCUCGUGCCUUACACAGUGCUGCAUCCGCCCCUGCUACGACCCUCGUCACCCAUUUCUCGUCUCCUUUGCUGCACUCUUCUCCUUUUGCACUCGCAGCCUCGUUGGCGUCGUCCCACGUGACCCAUUCGUCAAACUCCUCUGUCUUAUCAAAGACGCAGUUGGUGGCUUCCGAGGUUCCACUGCUCUCUCGAGUCUCUCUAUUUGUUGCGUCUUUGUGGUCGCUCGCCGGUGCUUUGGCUGCUUCCCUGCCGCGACUGUCUCUGCAGCGUCUUCUUUCUCUUUGCUUUUCUUCUCCUCCCUUCGUCCCAUUUAACGUUGUCGCCAUCUUCUUCGGCCUGCUCGCAUGGCCUUGCCCGCGAAAAUUUCCUUCCUCCCCGAACUCACUUGGCGGGCUUCGCGCAUCCGCGGCGCUGGCAGUAACCGCAUUCCACUCAGGUUUCUCUGGGGAGGCGCGUCGCCUCGCUCAGACCGGCCGUUUUGCGUCUCCGUCGAGGCCGCCUUCGCUGUCUGUGGCUUCAUUAUCCUUCUUUGCGACCGAUUCUCAGCCGCCGACGCUUCGCUUGUCUUCCACGGGCUCGGCUCCGUCCUGCGGGUCGUCGCUGUGUCUCGCGGCUUCGGCUGCUGAGCGACCGAGCUCACUUUCCUCGUCGGCGUCUCCCUGCGCUGUGUCGUCUUCGUCGCCUCUGUCGUCUAGGAUUUCUCCUGGAGGCUCGCCGCCAGCCGCGACCGCAGCGAGGUUUGUUGCUCCUCCGUCGUCUCCUCGGUGGGGGUGUUUCGCUCGCGCGGCUCCCUGCGACCUCGAUGCGUCGCCGCGCGCCCGCGUCCCUGCCGCUAUCGCGCCAUGGAGGCAUCGUUUGCUUUCUUCCGCUGCCUCGCCUGUGCGGCUUUUUCUCUCCGAGACGCCCACCGCAUCUCUCACCGCGGCCUGGAGGACGGACCACACUUCACGGAGCAGUCCCUUACCAUCCUUCGGAUUAAGGCGCCGCAGCCACAGACUGUUUCCCUGCGUCCCGUGCUCCAUAAUAAGUCCGCCACACGCGUCCCACGCGCCACGUCGUCCGUCCGCCUCCGCGGUUCCUGCCUCGCUUUCUUCUGCUGCAGCAACUGCUCAACGGCGCUCUUCUCAGCCAGCGCGCUCUUCCUCCACCGCUUCGCGCCUGUCGGACUGCCUUCUAUCAUCCAACUCUUCGCCUGCUUUGAGCGCCUCGAGUGCUUCUUCCGGCGCUUCUUCACCUCCGCCUCCGCCUCUCUUUCCACCUGUGUCGUCUUCUGCACCGUCGGCAUUCGCGGCUUCUUCUCCGCCUUCCCUGCCUUCCUCCGCCUCGUUUCUCUCGCGCGAGUGGCCGAUAUACGGCCGCGAGCAUGUGGCUCGUCUCCCGCAGGCCCGCGUGUUGCUCGUUGGGCUCGAGGGGGUCGGCGUCGAAGCGGCCAAGUGUCUCCUGCUGGCUGGCGUGGGGCGCCUGUCUCUCCUCGACUGCGACCCCCCGGGAGGGCCUGAGGAGGCGAGUGCGAACUUUGCGAUCCCCGUGGAAGCAGGGGGAGAGGUCCAGGGAGCCACGGGAGAGGAAGAAGAAGGACAGCUGCCAGACUCGGAAGUGCGGACGCGCGCGGAGCUCGCUCAUGCGGCCCUGAAGCGCCUGGCGCUACCUCACUCGCGAGUGGAGCUUGUCGAGGAUGUUGCACGCUCGAGCCCGAGGGGAGCUGAGGUCAGGGGCAGAGGAGGCGCAGGCGCGACAUUCGACGGCAAGACUCGCAGCGAACUGAAAGCCCUUCUUUCCUCGACCGAUGUGGUGGUGCUGUCGAACCGUCCCGUCCAGGAGGUCUGCCGCAUCAACCGGCUCUGCAGAGAAAUCCAGGGAGAACGCCGCGUGGAGCCACAGCGAGCAGCCGCGUCGGCCCCCAGUCGAAGCUCGGAAGUCGACAGUGGGGACCGCGGGAAGAGCUCUCGUGCGCCGGCGGCACACGCGCCCGACGCGCGGGCUCCGCGGAAGGCCGAGGGGCCUUUCUUGGUGGCUGUGUGGACGGUGGGGCUCGCCGGGCGGCUCUUCGUCGAUUUCGGCGAGUCGUUCUGCUUCGGGCCUCCGACAGACGCACACAUUGACCUCCCUCUCUCUUCUCGCUUUUCAGCCGCUUCGCUGUCUACAGCCGCAGGCGCGAAGAACGGAGGAGACUGCCUUCCAGCGCAUCCAGAGCUAGAGAACGGACGCGACGGCAACACCCGCGGCAGACUAGGCGAGCGCGCGAAUUCGUCGCGCCUCCGAUUCCAGCCGCUGGAUCAAGCGCUGCAUGCGCAAGGUUCGGUCGGAGACGUUUGUGGCGGAGGGAGCACACAGGAGGGGACCAACGAGCCGUCAGGCGACCAAACAGAAAGGGCUGCGGAACAUGAGAGCCGUAUGCCUGGAGAGGACGACGAGUCAAAGAGGCAGCGCAUGCUACACGUUGCGUUUCUAGCCCUAGACGCUCUCCAAAUCACGCAGGAACGCGCGCACGUUUUCGUACGUGCGGAGUCAUGUCUCGCCUCUUCGUCUUCGGCGACUUCUGUCUCUGCUGUUGGCGUUCCGAAUUCGAAAACGAAUAGCAGGGACCUUUGUGUGCUGGAGGAGGCAAAUGCACAGACGGCAGAAGCCGAGCGCCGCUUCAUUGAGGAAAAAGCUACCUUCUUCUGGAGGCGACUCCGACGGGCGCGUGAGUCAUCGCAUCCACUGCAAAGCUCAGCGGCGAUGCGCGGCGAUGCUGAAUCAUUUGAACCGCUGCCCGAGGCGAGCAGUGAAGAGGAGAAGAAGGAGCUUGAACAGGUCCAGAAGAUUGCUACGGACCUGUGGAGGAGUUCGAGGGGUCAUCUAGCCCCGAUUGCAUCCGUCAUGGGAGGCUUGGCAGCACAGGAGGUGCUGAAGGCGAUCAGCGGCAGAUUCACGCCUGUUCACCAGUUCCUGUACUUUGAUGCCUUGGACAUCCUGCCGACUUCGAGGUCUCCGGCCUCCUUGCCGUUGUUUUCGCCGCGGUCGGUCUCAGCGUCUUCGGGUUCGCCGGGGCCUCGUUCCGCGGUUCCACCUCCGCGCUGGCUGGGUCAAGAACAGCUCUUCGGGCCAGCGGCUCAGAGGCGAAUGAACUCGCUCCACGUCUUUCUCGCAGGCGCAGGCGCUGUCGGCUGCGAGCUCCUGAAGCUCUUCGCACUGAUGGGCGUCGGCUGUCGCGCCCGCGCCGGGCUGGAGUCGGUCGCAUCACGCCCGAGAGCUGCGGCCGGAGGCGGUGAGCAGAAGCGGACCCGUGCGGCAGGGGGACCGGCGUCAAGUUCGAGUCCAGACUCCCGCACUCGCACGAGGCAGCCUAGCGACUUGGUGAGUGAUGACGCACUCCGAGGCGUGGACGACGGCCCUCAGGGGAUGCAGACGCAAGGCAACGAAACCCCGCGGGGGCAGGGAGCAGCCGGUUCCGACGGCAUGAUUACCGAUGAGGAAGGGGGCUGUAUCACCGUCGCAGAUGCGGAUCUCAUUGAGCGCUCCAACCUCAAUCGCCAGCUCCUCUUCACGGAGGCGGAUGUCCAUCGCCCCAAAGCCGUGGCGGCCGCGCUGGCCGCCCAGCGGCUCAACAAGCAUCUGCGAGUGCGCCCGAUCUGUGCCUUUGUGGGGAGAGAGACAGAGGAUCAGUUUUUCAACUGGCCUUUCUGGGAAAAGCAAGACCUGGUCGUCAUGGCGUUGGAUACUAUCGCCGCACGCAUGUACCUCGAUUCGCAGUGCCUGCUGUACCAAAAACCCCUCAUAGAGGCUGGAACCCUGGGGCUGCGAGGUCACGCGCAGUCCCUUGUGCCGCACCUCACGGAGUCGUACGGCUCCACAGCCGACAUCCGCGGAGACGACGAGGAGGCGCCUCAGCCGACGUGCUCAGUGCGCCUCUUUCCGUCCUCUCCGUUGCAUCUCGUGCAGUGGGCAACCGAGCUCUUCGAGCGGGCUUUUGGUCAGCUUCCCGGCAAAGCCGCUGGCCUCCUCGCGGACCUCGAAGCGCACACCGAAUUCGGCCUGCCUGCCGGGGAAGAGCAAGGCGACUUGGUUCGCACAAUGAAUCUCACGAGGGACCGAGCAGAGGUGAGCGACCGCGUGAGGAAAGAAGACGGGGACCAGCUCAAGAGGACAGGCGAGGCCGCGGAGGCGGGUGGAACGGCGGGCUCGGGAGGAGAGUCAGCGCGCGGACAACCGAUCGGCAGGCACGAAGGCAGUCAGGAUGGCUGCGGAGCGCCGGAGGACCGUCGGCGGGGCUUGGCUCAACCUUCGGAAGUGGGCGGGGGCGGAGGCAGCCCGCUCAGCUCGCCCAUCGCGCCAGCUACUGGGGAGGGGUUCUCGGGCGUGUCGCUGUCGUUUUUGACAAAGGCAGCUGGAGAGUUUCUCCUCUCAGUCUUGCCGCGCUGGAGCGCUCGCCGAGCGCGGCGGAGGCAAAAAGGAGGCAAUGCCGGCAUUCUAGGAACGACUGGAGUCAGGGCACAGCGAGAAGCUGGUGAGGAGGCGAAGGACGGGGCGAUGCGAGAGCGGGCUAGCACGCUGAAACGGCUCGCACGGCAACUUUUAGAACUGCCAUCAGUGCGGGAGGGAAUGCGAGAAUCUCAACAGCAGCUGGGCGACUUUCUGCAAACAGCUCUGGACGCUGCCACCGUUCGUGUGUUCUACCAGAUGCAAGAGGCGGACGGGGAUGAGGCAGGCGAAAGCCGCAGAGAGCAGAUCAUUUGUUUUUUUCUUGAUCGGGCUCUGGCUUUGUUUCACAAAUCUUUUGUCACGGAAAUCGGGGACCUGCGUGCGGGAAUGCCGGAAAGUGAUAAGCCAGGAGAAAACACGCCUGACGCCGUAUCUCGCCAGCAAUUAGAAGCCGAAACAGACGCGACAACUUUGAAGGCGACGCCUGAUGACGAAGGUGAACACGCGGGUCCAGAGAGACAACAGGAUCAAAGGCCGCGGCUUGCGGUGCCCCUCCGUCUCUCCGAAAAUGAUAGAGACAGUAUCGUUUUCAUCGGCAGUGCUGCGAGACUCUUGAGCGAGCUGCAUGGCCUCACGAUCGAUUUCUUCUCUCAUGGAGAACAACAACGGGAGGGAAGCCGGAGACGGGGGCAAGGGGGGAUGCACAGCGUCCCGGAAGAAGACGCGGAACGCGAAGUGGACAUGGGGCUCGCCUGGGACUUUCAGUUUAUUCGCGAACGCCUACGGGACGUGCAGAAGGCGCGGCAGGCAGCUUCGCUGGCUGAGGCAGCCGCGCGAGCGUCAGAGGAGCCUCUACACGCUCUGAGCUGGCUGCAGGCCGACGCGGCUCAGCAUCGUGAUGAAAAGAGACCCUGCACAGAGUCGCCCUUCGGAGCACAGCGGCUGUCUCGUUUCUGCGCGGCCUUGGUUAGUCGAGCGCCUUCAGGGCGACUGCCUGGCAGCCUCCAGGCGGUGCUUCGCCUAUUUGGUACUGACAAGCACAAGGAUACAAAGCAGGAAAACGCUGUCCUGCAAGUCCUGAAGGGCUGCACAGCGCAUGAACACCAGACGGAAGAAUCCAAGAGGAAAACGGAUCCCCAUCUGCUGCGGAUUGCUCGGUCAAUUGCCAUGCUUGUAGACUUGGGCGGUGCUAGGGGACGUUUGUCGAAAAAUCUGUCGUCUAGCGUCUCGAGCGCGUCUUCUUCGGCGCAGGGUGCGAAUCCAGGGUCUGUCGGAGGUUCCUCGGUUGACUGGACCUUGCGGGCUUCGCCGCGCCUGUCCCCUCUGGCGUACGACAAGGAUGCCGCAGUGCAUCUGAGCUUCGUCACCGCCGCUGCGCGCUUGCGAGGCCGCUGCUUCUCGCUCCCACCCGGUCUCCUCGACCUUCCUGUCGUCCAGCAGUUGAGUGGGAGGAUCGUCCCCGCCACCUCCACGGCUACGACUGUGGCCGCGGGGCUCGCUGCGUUGGAGCUUUACAGACUUGUGCACGCAAACAUCUUAGGCGAAGAUCGCGACAGCUCAAGCCAGACCGAACUGCCCGCAGGACGUAAGGCGGACGCUGUGAACAAGGCGGAGGCCGGGGGGCAGCGCGUCUCCCGUCACGCACCGUCCACUCUCCUGGCGCCUUCGCUCUCGCCCGUAGGUCCCGGCGGGCAAGACGAAGAGACACAGGAUGAGCAUUUGACGCCCACUCUUGUGCUCGAAUCGAGUCUGCAAAACUGCUCCGACGCAUACGAAAGCACCUGCGCCGGGACGGAGAGGAGUGCGCGCAGAUCCUGGAGCAGCAGGUUGCCAAGAAGUUGGCAAGGUCAGGGCAGACUGCGCACUCGUUUGCGGACCUCGUUCUUCAACCUCAGCGCUCCCUUCCUCACGCAGGCUGCUCCUAUGCCGCCGCCUUCAGCUAGGAUUAUCGGCGGGUCGCUGAAGGGCCACUCGUUCACGCCGUGGGACUGUUUGCGGCUGACGCUGAGGGAGCCGAGGCGCAGAAAACAGGACGGUGAAUAUCACAGGACUCUCCCGGGCAGCCGCUGGCGUGGCUCGGCGGCCGUGCAGGCAACGAGACGCAAACACGAAGCCCGUGCUCAGCGCUUGGCACCGCUGCAGGCAUCGUGUGGCGUUGCACAGGAAGCGGGAACCGGCGGCUCGCGCUUGCUAGCUUUCGGGAAGCGAGCAGAUUGUGAAAGAGAACGAGGCGACGCAGCCGCGUCCAUGGUGACAGUAGAGGAGCUCGUGCGAAUGCUAGAGGACACGUUAGGUGUUCAGGUGAUGCUGUUGACGUGCGAAGAUGCGGUUUUAUACAAUAGAGAAGACAAGCACCAGGAGGAACCGAUGGACUGGCGCUCGUUUCUCCUGAUGACGCGAGCAAAAACCUCAGAUGGUGCUGAAGAAUGGCCUUCCGCUAGACGCGACGACGCGCGUGACGACAAGGAUCAGCCAGAGAGGUGGCGAUCGGAUACGACACCGCAAGCCCUGGGGAGCCGCGACGGCGGUGUAUUCAAGCUGUCGGUGGAUAUGUCGGAGGGCGACAGUGGGCAUUUCGUGCAGCCGCUCGACUUCGCUCCCCACUCGCCCACAGCGUCGUCUGCGUCCACGCCGGACCUGCCUCCGGACUCGCAUCUUUGGUCAGUACUCUCCUCAACGUCUACUUCCUCUCCUGGUUCAUCUUCUGAAGCUCCUUCUCCUUCGUCAGCACGAGAUGCCCCGCCUCCUCCGCUUGGCUUUGGAGCUUUUCCCAGUGCGGCUAAUUUCGAUUCUCAUGUACGCGCGGAGGGAACGGCAUAUGCUUCACUCGCCGAUGUAUUACGCACCGUCUUGAGGAGAGUUCGUGAGGAUCCUCAACCCAGCUGUGAAAUUUUGUCGCUACAAACGCAAGCAGGCUCUGUUGCUGAUGCAGCUGACCUGUCUGCCGACGGCCAAGGAAACAGGCCUACGCUCGAGAAUGUCGCAGAAAAGAGGCGGUCGUUUCUGUCCUGGAGCCACAUGAGACGCCAAGGUGCAGUGGGAGAGAAAGGCGACAAAAUCUCGAACGGCGAAAACGUAGACCAAGACAAAGGAGGCUUAAAGUGGCUCGUCGUUGACAUUGUGGCUGUGGACAAGGACGAUAACGAAGUGGCAGUGCCUCAGCUGAAACUGUGCCUCUGGGUGAAGAAGGAAGGCGUACGCAGGUUUGAUGGAUGA